AUGGCUACUCCUCGAACAGCCAAUUCUGCACGAAAAGCACUAGCAAAAAAGAAUGCUUUAGGCAAUUUUACAAUCACAUGUCCUCAUUUAACCGAUGAGAAGAAAAUAUCAGCUACUUAUACUCUCGAAGUACCAUCAGGAAUGACUACACUUACUUAUCAUGAACAAAUUAUUGAAGUUACUACAAAACAAUUUGAUACUCUUCGUGUACUUGGGCGUGGAUGCUACGGAACUGUUCUUGCUGUAACAAUUGAAGGCCAUCCCGAUGUUGAAAUGGCUGUUAAAAAAAUAGCACUUGAAACACAAGAAGAACGUCGAGCAUCAACAUAUACAGAUUUAACAACCAUUCAAAAUGUUGGAUCACAUAAUUAUCCCUAUAUAAUUUCUUACUAUGGAGCAGUUAUCGAUAAAGAAAGCAGUGAAUUACUUAUUUGUGUAGAACUAAUGAAUGCAUCAAUGGAACGAUUCUAUCAAGCUAUGCAUGCACACAAUGUUUCUCCAACUGACUUUGAUCAAAUUCUAUGUCGAUUAACUCAUAAUAUAACAUCGGCACUUCAUUUCCUUAAAACUCGUCGAAUUUUACAUCGUGAUGUUAAGCCGCAAAAUAUGCUAGUGAAUAAACAAGCAGUCUUUAAAUUAUGUGAUUUUGGUAUUAGUCGUCAAAUGCGUGUAUCACAAUCAAUAGCUGAUGGUGCUGUGCAAGGUACUGAAGCAUAUAUGCCGCCUGAAUUGAUUGGGGAUGUUGGCCAAACCUAUGGUAUUCGUGCUGAUAUGUGGGCACUUGGUUUAAGUCUAUUUGAGAUUGUUAAUGGAAAACAACCAUUUGCAGGUAUGACAGCCUUUCAAACGAUGAUGGCAAUUCGAGCAUGGGCUCCAACGAUACCAUCGAAUCCAAAAAUUUCCAAUGAUAUGAAAUGUCUUAUUACAUAUUUACUUAAGAGAAAUGUUGAUGAACGACCAAAGACUUAUCUUGAAAUACUUGAAAUACCAUCAAUACAAAAUGUUACUGAACAUCCAUCCGAUGAAGAAAUCAAAUUUGUAACUUAUAUUCUUGAUAAUCUACCUCCAUUAACUGAAUUCUAA